UAAAUUAUAUACGGUUUGUUAUUUACGAUAGGAAUGGGUUCCCCUCAUCAUUCAACGGGAAAUAUGGUUUCAUUCGCUAUAAAAUUGAGGCAAUUCUACACAAAGACUGGGAUUUAUUUCGGAAGGAAGUGAUACUAACUGUCACCACACCAUACAAUGGAUGCGCUGACGAACAAUAUAAUCCAAUCGUAAGAAUGGCACAAAAAAAGUUCGGCAUUUAUAAAGACUUUAUAGAGUUGUACGCAAAGCUUGAUAAAGGAUUGCUUACUCC